AGCGAGAAUAUGAUGUGGUACCUGCUGUUCAUCGUGUUUGUCACUUACUCCAUGCUGCCGCUGCCUCUGCGCUGGGGCAUCCUGGCGGGCUCCCUCACUGCUCUCUGCCACCUUGUCCUUACCUUCGUCCUCUAUCAUAAUACGGACAAUGACCUGCUCACCACCGUGCUGGCCAACGUGACGCUCUAACGUGGCCAUCAACUUCGCGGGGAUGUACACCAAAUACCUGACGGAUCGGACGCAGAGGAAGGCCUUCUUGGAAACUCGCCGCGCCAUGGAGAUGAGGUGCCGCACGCAGAAAGAAAACGAGAGGCAGGAGAAGUUGCUGCUUUCAGUGCUGCCGAGGUUCGUGGCCCUGGAGAUGAUCCGGGACAUCGCCAAGGAGGAGGAGCGGGGGGAGUUCCAGCCGUCACAGUUCCACAAGAUCUACAUUCACCGCUACGAGAAUGUGUCUAUUCUCUUCGCCGACAUCAAAGGGUUCACGGCCCUGGCCAGUCGGUGCAGCGCCCAGGAAUUGGUGCGAGUCCUCAACGAUCUUUUCGCUCGAUUUGACCGCCUGGCUAGUGAGAACCACUGCCUGCGGAUCAAGCUGCUGGGUGACUGUUACUACUGCGUGUCAGGUCUGCCCGAGGCUCGCGAGGACCACGCCCAGUGUACGGUGGAGAUGGGCCUGCACAUGAUCAGGGCCAUAAAGCUGGUGCGGCAGAGAACACAGGUGGAUUUGAACAUGAGGAUCGGCAUCCACUCCGGCUCGGUGCUGUGCGGGGUGCUGGGUCUCCGCAAGUGGCAGUUCGAUGUGUGGUCUUACGAUGUCACGCUCGCCAACCACCUGGAGUCUGGAGGCAUACCUGGGCGAGUUCACGUGUCCAAGGCGACGGUGGAGUGCCUGAAGGGCGUGUACGAGGUGGAGCCUGGCCUUGGAAUGCUACGGGACCAAUACCUUAAAGACCACGGCGUCGAGACCUUCCUCAUCAAGCGGGAGGAGCCGCUGUACACCCGCCGGCGAGUCCCUCGCUUCUCCCGCUCCAGACUGUGGUCAGAGGACGAGCGAAGCAACAACACCAUCUCUCAGUCUUCCAGCUCAUCAGUGAAGCACAAGUCCAACCUUCCCACCAUCACCACCACACCUUGUGACCUGGAGGAGGAUGACUGCCAGGACUUCACCACCACCAUUGUCACUGUCACAGAGAAUGUACGCCGCCAUCACCACCAUCACCACCACCACCACCACCAUCACCACCAGACUGAUCCACCCAGCAGUAACGGGCACACGGUCACCGCUCCUAACGAGGCACCCGUUGACUCAGAGAACAAAAAUGAUGAGGACGGCAGCAAGACAGCUGAGGGGACAGGGAGCCGGUCAGGAUCGCCCAUCAAAUUGGAUGAGAUUGCAAUGGACUGGACUCCUGAAAUUCCAUUUGAAAAUCUGAGUUACUACCUUUGGAAGUGGCUCUCUGCCGCUCGCCGAUCUCUAGCUCGCCGGAGAGCACAGGCCAGCAAAGCAGGAUCCUUGCUGGAAAUGGACUGGGAGGAUGAUGCUUUCCUGGAUGAGGACUUUCCUGAACCUCUUGAGGAAGAAGAAGAAGAAACAGAAGUUGCUCAAUUUCCCAGCACAGGAAGCAACUUUACUUAUGAGGUGGAUAAUUUGAUGGACAACAGCAUUGAAAUAGAGUCUAACAAAAGAAUGAAGGCUGAACACAUGCAUCCCAUCACUUUAACUUUCAAAGACCCAGACACAGAGGAGAUGUAUCACCAGGUCCGAGCUGACCUUCUGAAGAGUAAUGUUGUGUGCACAUUCAUCAUAUGGGUUCUCAUUGUUAUUUGUCAAUCAAUUGUGGCACAAAAAUGUUUCAGGUUUUUGCUGGCCCCUUUCAUACCAGCAACACUCCUCCUGGCUAUAGGACUCCUGAUGGUCAUGGCAGAAGAGUUCCCACAGCUGCCAUUGAGCCUUCGUCGCCUAUCCACACGUCUGGCUCGAGCGACUUUUGGCAGAAAGGCCUUCAUUUGUGCUCUCAUGGCCAUUAUAUCAGUACCUUCAAUGCUCACUUUGAUACUUAUUAAUGAACAGUGUAAAGUAAAUCCAGAACCUUCUUUAGCUCAGGAGUUACCACCAGCCCCCAACCUCAGCUUGUCUUCAUCUCUACAGCCAUCCAGUGAAGCAAUUUCAGCUUCAGUGAAAGAUAAUAACAGUCUAAAAGCUCAGUUGUCCUCAGCACAGCCUAGGUUUGGCAAUUUCCAGAGCAGAAACUUAUAUCGCACAACAUAUGAUACUCCAAAAUAUAGAGCUGGAGGUGUAUAUAAUAUAGAACAUAAAAUAUAUUUAGACUAUGUUAAUGGAGAAUCAAUUCACAAAAUAGAAAAUAAGGAAAGCUAUGUAGAAAAUGCAUCUCUUCCAUUUGCACCUAAAUACAAGCAGAAAAGAUCUUUAAAUAUAUCAACAUAUGUAAGAAAGUCUGUGAGGAGAGAAAAUGACCCUGUCAAUGAAAGAAGCAUUUAUUCCAAAAGAGCCAAAUGUAAAACUAAAAGACCUUUUGUGAAAAUUGGAAAUAAUUUAGAAAGUAAAACAAGAACUAGAGUGCGCCGUAAUGAUGAACGGCAAGAAAAUUAUGUUGAUUUUGAAAAAGAGGAUGCUACAGAAAACAAUAAAGUGUUCAAUGAAAGUGUCUGUGAAUCUGAAACAAAAACAGUUGCAAGUAUUUACCCUCAGUAUUUUAUCUACACCUGGGUUCUCUGUAUGGUUGCCCUGGCAUCCUUCCUCAAGCUGAACUACCUGGUCAAGACAAUAGUGCUAGUGUUUAUGGUAACUUGCUAUGGCAUCCUCAUCAUCAACUUCAGGAGUGAAAUUAGUAAUUGUUACAGUGGUGUAUCCCUGACUUCUAAACUGGCAGUGUUGCUGGUCUUGUUUUUUUUUAUGGUUUCCUAUCAUGGUCGACUUGUGGAAAUAACAUCUCGUCUGGACUUUGUUUGGAAACAGCAGGCCUUAAGGGAACUCACAGACAUGAAUGAAUGUCGUCUGUACAAUACUCAACUUUUGAAGAAUAUUCUGCCCGAUCACGUAGCCACUUACUUUCUGUCUGAUGACAGAAGAGGCGAGAUUUUUCAGGAGUUGUUUUCUAAGGCAUAUGACAAUGUGGGAGUCUUGUUUGCUUCCAUCCCAAAUUUCACACAGUUUUAUUCAGAAGAUGUCAACAGAGGAAUGGAAUGUAUCCGACUGCUCAAUGAAAUCAUAGCCGACUUUGAUGAACUCCUAGAUGAGAAACGCUUUGCUUGUAUUGAAAAAAUCAAGACGAUUGGCAGCACUUACAUGGCAGCAUCUGGAUUGAACCCAACAGAGAAGGAUGCUGAGGACAGCCAUGCUCAUUUGUGUGCUUUGGUAGAUUUUGCUCUGGAGAUGAAAGCACGAUUAGAGGAUGUCAACAAACACUCCUUUAAUAAUUUUAGGCUUCGAGUAGGAAUCAGUCAUGGUCCUCUUGUUGGAGGGGUGAUAGGGGCCAAGAAGCCUGUGUUUGAUGUAUGGGGUAACACUGUCAAUGAGGCGUCAAGGAUGGACUCAACAGGUGCUAAUGACACCAUCCAGAUUCCCAAAGAAACUGCUCAGAUUCUCAAUUUUAGAGAUUUCCGUCUACAAUACAGAGGAAAGAUUUCUGUUAAAGGUAAAGGAGAGAUGGACACAUAUUUCAUACUUGGAAGGAAGGACACCCGACAGCUGAACUUCAACAGACAGCCUUCCACUUAUAACUCACUGGCAGAAGUGGUCUAUGGCAUGGUCCAAGCACGGAAGAAACAGACAAUAAAAAGAAGCAAUACAUCAGUAAGGAGAGACCGUCAAAGGAAAGUUUCACCAUCUGAAACUGGUAUGUCUACAUCAUCUGUCAGUGGAGGUGGAUUUGGGACACGGGACUUUACUCCAGGACUUUCUCGCAGAGGAGGCAAGCUAGAAAAAACUACUUCUUCUCAUCACAAUUUGCGCAGUCUUGCAAGGGAUGACCAUAGACCAGAAAUUUCCAGUAAAGGGAAAGAUGAAAUUGUAUAAAGUGUAUUAUGAAGCAACUGAUGUGCUUUGUGGAAAUAGAUUACAUCAUUACAGAUGUGAAGAUGAACUUCCUUCUCAGAAUUCACAUCUCAUGAUUGAACUCCCAGUGAGAAAAGUUUGUAAAUAACAUGCACAAAGCCAAAAGAUAACAAAGUUAAUGAGUGAAUUCCAAAUAUAUAUAUAUAUCAUGACUGUCAAAGUGUUUGGUGUACAGCAUUGAGUGUGACACCAGUGUAAGGAAAUGCCACAUGGAAUGUUGCUGCCUCAGGUACUGAUUAUUAAGUAAAGGUUUAUGCAUAGCCACAGAACACUAAUCAGGAAUGAUAAUUAUCUGAAAAGGAAACAUUACAAAACUAAGAUGUAAAUACGUGUGUUGGUAUUCGUGAAUCACAAUAUUUGCAUGUGGCAACAAUAGAUGCCACAAGUUACAGAAAUUGUUUCAGAAGACAGAAAACAUUGGAGGAACAAAUUUUUUGAUGACAAUAAGUUCAAAUGAGUAUGUGAUUAGAUUAAUUUAACUGAAUGAGACAGAACAGAAAUGCAGUGAUGUAAGGUACUAGUAUGUGAUGUCCCAAUCUUUCCAAAUAUAGACUUCAUAAGAAUUUGCUACUUUAUCAUAGAAAUGGUUGAUCUCCUCCCUAUCAUGUCUGCACAUGCGAUAGAAUCAUCCAUAAUACUACAUUUAUAUUCACAUUCUCAUUUCAUAACAUGUCAUCUCUGUCUGUAGUAAUUAGUAUCUUCAACCUUUUUUAAUCUUUUUUUUAGUGAUUCACCUCAGCCCAAAGAUGUAAAACUAGAGUGGAUGUAUAGAUUGAAUGUGUUGUAGAAUAUUUGAUUUACCUAAGUACCAUAUUUAUUGUAAGUGCCAAAUAAGAAAAAAGAGUUGAAAGAUUUUUCUGCUGUGAAGAAUUCCAAGCUUCUGUGAUACACAUGACAACCAUAUGCUGUCAAUGUAUUAUUUAAAGAAAUAGUAAUGCUGUAGAAAUUGGUUUCUUUGUUUGACAUGAGAGUUUGCAUAAUCCUGGCGAUGCUAUGAAAGUGACAGCUGUUCAGGGGAGUGGUUUGUAUAUUUUCUUAUUAACUAUAUUUAUAAUGCAAAGUUCAUGAUCAUGAGAUUAUUCUAGGAAACUUUCUUAGUAUCUAGUAUUUUACUUACCUAUGUAGUAUCUUAGUGCUGAAAGCAUUAAGUGAUUCACAACAGAAAGGAAGACCACAAAUAUAUUUUUUAAUGUAAUUCUGUAUGAAUAAGUCAUGAACACACAAGAUGUCACUAUAUAUAAAAUAAGUCACUGUGCAUAAUAAAUAUCUGAAAUAUA